AUGGACCAUCCAGCAAAGGUAAAAAAGUUGGGCAAACCUCGGAUCCCAGACCACCUUCGUCGGAGAGCUCUGGUCAGCUGUGACCGUUGCAAGAAGAGGAGAAUCCGCUGCUCCCGUUCAAGUGGCACAGAUACACGAGAGGCAUGUCAAAGUUGCUCGGAAGUGGGGGCAAAGUGCGAAUCCACCCUGCCCCGCAAGACCCGAAUAUACGGGAGCGUCGAGACUCUCAGCGUUCGUUAUCGCGCUCUGGAUACUUUGAUCAAGGGAUUAUUUCCAGCUAGAGAUACCAACGAUAUUGAAGAACUCUACGAUAUUGCCAAGGCUCAUAAUAUCCAGCUGCCUGCAUUCAACGAGCAGGAUGUUGCUGAAGAGGUCUUUAGCAACCCACCAAAGCCUACCACACUUUCUCCCCAGUCUGGUGGGGAUGCAGAGUCUCCAUCUGUGGCAUCCAAAGAGUCCGAAGGACUAAACCAGCGUGAUGGAACGCCCUCCAUGUCUGUUGAGGAGAAGCUUGUUCCCAUGCCGCAGGGACAUAAUGGAAAAUCUCACUACAUUGGGCCAUCCUCAUCCUUUGGCUUCGUUCUCACAGUGCGGAAGAUGGUUGCAGAGUUCAAUGUAGUUUUAAAAAACUUUCAACCCGAUGAUGAACGGUCCAAGGUUGCCCACGAGUUUGCUGGCUCAACUUGGAGCAAAGCACUUGAUCCCAUUGUAAAAGAAGAGAGCGAAGACUCUUCUGAUGGAAAUGUUGACCGACAAAUGAGCGAGUCUAGCAGUACCGGAAAGGCUGUCAAUCGUCGUCAGCUCCCAUCCGGGUCCAUAAGACUACCUUCCAGUACCAGCCGGUCGAAAAGAGCCACCACGCUAUCUUUCCUCCCAACAAAAGAGUUUACAGAUACUUUUGUUGAAGCCUUUUUCAACCGCGUUCAUCCGAACUAUCUUCUAUUCCACCAGCCGACCUUUCAAACCCGCUAUGAAUUGAUGUGGAACCAACCCCUCAUGCUAAUGCGGGACACAGAACCAGGAUGGAUCUGCUGUUUGUUCAUGAUGUUAGUAUUUGGAGCCCAGGCACUUGAAAACGAAGAUACGUUUCAAUCCAAGCAAAUCCAGCAUCAUUACCUGGAUCUUGUUCAGUCGAGGAUGCACCAACUUAUCAGCGCCACUACACUGAUAAAUGUACAAGCACUUUUACUUCUUCAACUUUACCAGCACCAUUGCACUGAGCGAAACAGCGCUUUCAUGCUACUGGGCUGUGCUUCGCGAAUGGCUAUGGCUUUAGGCAUGCAUCGCGAGGGGACGUCUAUUGGGUUUAAUGACUUGGAAAAGGAAGUUCGGAAACGCGUCUGGUGGACAGCAUACGUGUUUGAGCAAUACCAAUGCGCCAUCCUUGGUAGACCAUGUGCAAUUGAGGAAGCAGAAGUCAAUGUAAGCUUUCCGGACGAGAUCAUGUUGGAUGGCGGGGAGUCGGUACCACCUGGGUAUAUGGAACAUUUGGUGCGUUUGGUCAAGCUCCUUUCGGAGAUCAGACGCAAGAUAUAUGCCGUCUCAAGCAGUCCUAUGGAUCGCGGCGACUCUCCCAAGGCCCAAAUGGCAAUACAGUUUCUACUCGACCUCGAUACCUGGCACAAUAGCCUACCACAGCAGUUGCGCUUAGAAAGUCUCUCUCCAUUGCCAAAACAUCGCCGCGCGGUUAUUCUCUUACACGUCCAACUCCACCACGCGCAAUCCCUUGUUACGCGACCUUUCAUGUUGCGAAAGGUUGGAUUACAAUUAGCUCGCCACCUAGGAAGACAUGUACGCUCCCAGGAACUCGACAAGGAUGAAAUGCGACUGAGCAGCGCCUGCAGUAAUUUUUCCGAAUCAGCCGCCAAACUUCUCCACCAACUUUUGGUAGAUGGGAGUUUUGAUGGUGUGGCAUGGUUAGACGGAUAUUACGUCUUCAUAUCAAUUUUCCUACUGGCAUUAGAUUUCUUCGCUCGGCCGUGGGACCAGAAAGACAACAACGAGGAUCUGGCUCGCAAACAAAUAGUUCGUGAUGUCAUGGGUGCUCUCGAAAACGUCAAGAUCUGUCCCACCUUUACAAUCUUGACUCAAGUCGCUUUACAGAUGGCGAAAAUUGUCGGCAUCUUUGACGCUCGAUCUGAACAGCAUGAGAAAGCCGAGGAGUUUAGACAAUACAUGGAGCAGCAAUCCACGACAUUUACCUUUGACUAUGGCGCCCAAGUAACACAACCUGGAGCUGUAAAUGCACUCGACUCGUGGUUCCAAAGAGCCCCUGUUGAUCUCCCGUGGGAUCUGAAAGAUUUCUUCGGCGCCGAUGGCUAUGUUGCGCCCGUUACCACUACGUCUUCCCGAGAACCGGCCAUGGCUUUCGGAAAUGCGUAUAAUGGUGUUCCACCGAUCAUUGAUAAUAACCUCAUGGUACCGCCGCCGGGUGCGGCUUAUACGCAUUGGGGUUCCAUCGAUACGCCUUUCUCUCAGCAACAGAGGGGGCGUGGACAAGUUCUUCCUAAUCCGCCUUAUCCACAUAAUGGUCACCAUGGUAUGGGAUGA